AUGGCUACACGAACAUCCUCACGCCAUGCUGCCCAGAAGGCCAAGGAAGCCAUAUCAACUUCCGCCGAGCCGACUAGCAAGGCUUCCAAGGGAACAAAGCGGAAAGGUCAGACCGAAGAAGCUCCACAUCCCAAAAAGGAGAAAACAGAGGACAUAAAGCCAGACGAAGAGAAGGCGGAGCAGGUGACAGAGGAAGCACCUGCCGAGAAAGAAGCACCUACCGGGAAGGAAGCACCUACCGAGAAGGAAGCACCUACCGAGAAGGAAGCACCUACCGAGAAGGAAGCACCUACUGAGAAGGAGGAAGCACCUACUGAGAAGGAGGAAGCACCUACUGAGAAGGAGGAAGCACCUACUGAGAAAGCACCUACCGAGAAGGAAGCACCUACCGAGAAGGAAGCACCUGCCAAGGCAGAAGAACCAUCCGAAGGACAACCAUCAAAGGAGAAACUGGCUGAAAUCCCUCCCGAGAAGCCUCAUGAAAUUGAGGGAGGUCUUCACACGUCUGAGGAGAGGGAAAACGUGGUAUCCUCGAACAUCCUCGAGAAGGGUUUCAUCUACUUCUUCUUCCGCCCACGGGUCAAUGUAGACGACCCCACAAGUAUCAGCGAUGUCGCCCGAAGCUUCUUUGUCCUUCGACCCACCGUUCUCGGGGCGGAAUUCGACAAAGGUCAAGGCCCCGUCGACAAAGACGCCUCAUGUCGCUUGAUGAUACUUCCAAAAAAGAAGUUCCCGACCUCACCCAGAGAACGGGAUAUGGGAUUUGUGGAGAAGGCUGGACAAUCUAUGCAAUCCCUCCACGAAAAGUUCAUUGCCGGUACCACAUACCAGACUGCCACUCGAGGUGAACGUCACACCGAGGACGCCAGACCUUACGCGGAAGGUGUCUACGCGAUCACUUCCACGCCGCGGGCAUCACACCUCGCCUAUAUCCUGACCAUUCCUGCCGAGCUGGGCGAUAUUCAGGAGGAUUUCGGUCUGCAAGAACGCGGAAGUUGGAUUGUUCAGUCGAAGAAUCCCAAGUUUGCCGGUCCGCCGAUUGGUCAAUUGCCAAAGAACCCAGAUUUCCCUCCAGAUGUCCUCGAGAAAUUUGGAGAUCUUCGAUGGGUGCCUCUGCAACCCGAGUUCCUGGACUAUCCAAAUUCCCAAUUCCUCAUGAUCGGCGAGGCACAGAACCACCUCGGCAAAGCUGCAUCUUCUGAGGGAGGUAAGCAGCCUCAUGAGGAAGAACCUGGCCAGGAAUUGGAGAAACUGGAAGACGAAAACGAGCACCGAGUUGAUGCUCUCCAUGGAGAUUCAACUGUCUAUGAAGACCUGGGCUUCGACGCAAAGAAUUACCCCGAAGUUCCUACGACUUGGAACGGUUAG